ACUACAAAACGAAAAAAAACUUCCAAGUUAAAUUUGAAACAAAACUCCAAUAAUUAUAAAAAACUAAAUUAUCAACCAAAAUAUAAUGAUUAUAAUAGUUUGAAUUUAGUUGAAAUAUUAAAUAAUGAUAACACCAAUAUAGUUUAUGAUGAUUUUAUUAAUGACUAUAAUGAUUUUAUUAAUGAUUAUAAUAAUUUUAUUAAUAAUGAUUAUAACGAUUUUAUUAAUAAUCAUAUUAAUGAUUAUAUUAAUAAUCAUAACAAUUUAACUACUAUAAAAUUACAAUACAAUUCAUCUACAAAUAAUUCAUUAAAAGCUUACUGGAUAAAUAAUGAAAUUGAGACUCUUAUAUGUUCUAUAAAACAACAUUAUAAUAAAUUAAAAAAUGCAUUAAAUAAUAAUAUUAGAGCAAAGAUAUGGGAUGAUAUUUUUGAUAACUUUAAUUAA